GUCCACGGAGGUUUGAACAAGACCUCUGUCACUCUCUCUUUACGUCUCUAUCCCUCCCUCUCUCUCUCUCUCCCUCCCUCCCUCUCUCCUUUCGAAAACCCCCCAAAAGCUGUUGCCUCGCGCGCGCUCUGUAAUUAUUCCACUCUCGCGCAGAAGAGUGCCGACUGCUGAAAGCUCCGCACCACUUUCCAUCUCUUCCCUCCGCACUGCGAUUCUGUGAGGUGACGGCUCCUUUCCUGGCGGACACUAAACUAGCCCCAAACACCUGGGACAGAGCGGUCGUCGGGGCUCGGAGUCGCGUGUAGAGGCGCCUCGAGCGGACGACAAAUGUUCGAGACCCGCGGCCGGUGGCCCCAGACCCGACGGGGAGGGAGACGAGCAGAGCAGUGAUGGGACAGUUUUCGGGAGGAUGCUACUUGAGUUUUGGCAUCCUCGUGCUUCUCGGUUCGCAAGUCCCGACCACCUUAGCAAGAGGUCCCCGAGGUGAAGCCCUGCAGCAUGGCCAGUCCGGGACACUGCCCCACUUCCUCGAAGAGCCCGUUGACGCUUACAUCGUCAAGAGUAACCCCAUCAAGCUCCGGUGUCAAGCUCGGCCUGCUCUUCAAAUCUUCUUCAAGUGCAAUGGCGAAUGGGUCCACCAGAGCCAGCACAUGUCUCAGGAGCACACCGACCUGGGGACAGGGCUGAAGAUCCGCGAGGUGAUGAUCAACGUGUCACGUCAGCAGGUGGAGGACUUUCAUGGCCCAGAGGAUUACUGGUGUCUGUGCGUCGCCUGGAGCCACCUGGGAACUUCCAAGAGCCGCAAGGCAACAGUUCGGAUCGCCUACCUGAGGAAGAACUUUGAGCAGGACCCCCAAGGCACUGAGGUGCCUCUGAAUGGCAUGAUUGUGUUGCACUGUCGUCCCCCAGAGGGAGUGCCUGUGGCUGAGGUGGAAUGGCUGAAAAAUGAAGAGCCUCUCAGCUCAGAAGGUGUCAUUGAUACAAGAGGCGACCAUAAUCUCAUCAUCUCUGAAGCCCGCCUCUCUGAUUCCGGAAACUAUACCUGCGUUGCCAGCAACAUUGUGGCCAAGAGACGGAGUGCCACAGCCACUGUUGUAGUCUACGUGAAUGGAGGCUGGUCGUCGUGGACAGACUGGUCUCCCUGUAAUGUACGCUGUGGUCGCGGUGUGCAGAAACGUUCUCGCACUUGCACAAAUCCAGCUCCUCUCAAUGGGGGAGCCUUCUGCGAGGGCAUGUCAGUGCAGAAGAGCACCUGCAACACGCUGUGUCCAGUGGAUGGCAGCUGGGGGGAGUGGAGCGAGUGGUCGGUGUGUAGUUCAGACUGCGAGAGGCAGCGCAGCAGAGAGUGUACAGCUCCGGAGCCCAAACAUGGAGGACGGCUCUGUGACGGGGUGGCGCUGGCCACAGACAACUGCACUGGCGGCCUCUGCACACAGAAUCGAAAGUUGCUACAUGAUGCUAAGCCACAGGGUGUGGAGAACAGCAGUGAUGUGGCCUUGUAUUCGGGCCUCGCUGCGGGGGUUGUGACAGUGGUGCUUCUGAUCAUCGCUGUCACUCUUUACCGAAGAAGCCAGAGUGAGUACGGUGUUGAUGUCAUCGACUCCUCCGCCCUCACUGGGGGCUUCCAGUCCUUCAGCUUCAAGACCUCUCGUCAAGCAAACCCCCUGCUUAUUAAUUCAUCCAUGCAACCUGAUCUGACAGUGUCGCGUACCUACACCAGCCCCAUGUGUUUUCAAGACUCCAUUGACAAGGAGCUGAUGGCUGAGCGCUCACUCCUUGACCCACUGCCUGAUCUCAAAGUCAAAGGGGUGGCAGAGAGGGCAGAGUACCAUGUAAUGUCGCACCCUCAGACAUUUCCAAGGGGCCUGGCUCCAGACUACAGAGGGGUUGCGGUGGGGACGACGCUGGGCAGAAGAGACAAAAACCUCUUCACUCCACAAGUCACUUUGACUUCCAGCAGACCUCUCCACAAAGCAACUGCUGUGUUUGGUCAUGCUGGAGGGAGGCUGGUGGUACCUAACACAGGUAUCAGUCUGCUGGUGCCUCAUGGGGGAAUCGCAGAAGACACUACCUGGGAAAUGUACAUGAUCAUCAACCAGGAGGACAGCAGCACUGUGUCCGAGGAGGGGACAGAGAUCUUUUUGAGUCCUGCAGUCACAUAUGGCCCACCAGGCCUUGACCUGUCCUGUCCCAUAGCCAUGACCAUAGCCCAUUGUGCGGAGGUUGCUGCUGAUGAUUGGACCAUUCGGCUAAAGAGACAAAUGCAGGACAACAAAUGGGAGGAAGUGAUGUCAGUGGACGAGGAGAGCACAUCCUGCUACUGUCUGCUGGAGGCCCAGAGGUGCCAUGUCCUGCCGAAGCAUCCGGGUCGCUACGCCCUGGUGGGAGAGCCCCUGAGCCAGGAGGCAGCCAAGCGGCUGAGACUGGCUGUGUUUGGUAGUCCGGAUACCAGCAACUCUCUGGGCUUCACCCUCAGGGUCUACUGUGUGGACGACACGCCCCAUGCAUUUCAGGAGGUGGCAGUGGGCGAGCGCAGCAGGGGCGGGCGGCUGCUGGAAGAGCCUAAAAUGAUGCUGUUCCGGGGGAACACUUUCAGCCUCCAGGUGUCCAUCCAGGACGUCCCACAGCUACUCUGGAGCAUCAAGCCUUUCACCACCUGCCAGGAGUUCUCCUUUUCUCAGGUGUGGGCCAGUAACCAGCGUCCCCUGCAGUGUGCCUUCUCUUUGGAGCGAUACAGCCACUCCUCGUCUCAGCUCUCCUGCAAGAUCAGCGUCCGACAGGUCAAAGGCGAGGAGCAGAUACUACAGGUCUAUACGUCUGUGGUGGAGAAUGAAAAGGGAGUGGUUCCCUUUUUCACUCAGUCAGACUGUACCAUCACCUCUCAGACAGGGUCAAGGGCCUUUAAAAUCCCCCUGUCCAUCCGUCAGCGGAUCAGCGCCACCUUUGACACCGCUAAUGCCAAGGGGAAGGACUGGCAGCUCUUGGCUCAAAAGCUCCACAUUGACAGGAACCUGUGCUACUUUGCAUGUCAGGAGAGCCCAUCAUCAGUGAUUCUGAGCCUAUGGGAAGUCCAGCACCAGGACUCAGGGGACCUAGACUCUCUGGCCAGUGCCCUUGAGGAAAUCAGCAAGGUCCAGUCCCCCAAGACCGCCACUCUUGGCUGCAGCAGAGAAGAGCGGGACUCAGAAUUCACUAAACUUGGGUAGGUCAGGAACAGCAGGUGAAAGGAUGAUGAACCUUUACUGCAUGAACACUGAUGAUCAGGUGUACUAGCUAACCCAUGGUGAGGAGGAGGACACGCAACAGGGACAGCAGGGAAACUCAGUUUUGGACUGUUACUAAAGGAACACCUCUGCUAAACCAAAUAGCACAUACAGACAGACGGGAAUCGAGGAACAACUGUGAGAGAGAAUGAAACGAGUGGGGAACAAAUGUAGAGGCGUUUAAAGAGACUUUAAUUGAGAAAUGUCAACUUGUGACACUUCUGGAGUCGAUAACCUGUAUUCGAGGAUUAUGAAUAUCUGUGUGAAGAGGACUCUCCGACCUAGGAUGGAGGGUGUUUUGGACAGACUGCCAAUCAGGCUGGUGUUGUGACCUUCCCAGGAUCGGAUGUGCUGGCGCUUGCCCUCCAACAGUCCACUGGGCUGUCAAAAUGUUUGGUGUAAUGUCAUUAUGUUGUCAUUCAUUUUAAAGAUCUCCUAAUGCUUCUAUUUCUUUUCUGCAACCUGUGUUCUAAUGUUGCUGCAGGAGAUAGAUGAGAAAACAGGAAGUGAGGAAAAUCGGAUAUUAAUUUUGUCCGUACUGUGUGGUCAGAGAUGCUUUCCACACUGGUUAGCAU